CCAGCACAUGAGGGGAGCUUUCCUAAUAACCUUUCACCAGUUGCCCAUUCUACAGCUACUAAAGCGGGUGAAUCAUUGACGUGUUCUGAGUGUGGCAAAUGUUGUAGAGCGAGGACAGAACUUGUCUCCCACCAGAGAUGUCACAUAGGGGAAAAACAAUAUUCGUGUCCUGCAUGCGGGAAAUGUUUUUACUACAAGGCACACAUGCAUGCGCAUGAAAGAUCUCACACAGGUGAGAAGCCCCAUUCAUGUUUUGAUUGCGGGAAAUAUUUUCUUUGGCGUUCCCUUUUUGUAGCACACCAGAGAACUCACAUGGGCGAGAAACCAUUUUCUUGCUCUGAAUGCAGGAAAUGCUUUGUACGGAAGUCAGAUGUUGUUUACCACCAAAGGACUCACACUGGGAUGAAGCCUUUUACGUGUCCGAAAUGUGGGAAGUGUUUUUUACUCGGAAAUCGAAUUCAUAGGUGUGAGAAGCCAUUUUCUUGCUCUGAAUGUGGCAAAUGUUUUUCGCUGAGAGGAAGCCUCAUUUCUCAUGAAAGAACUCACAGGGGAGAGAGACCAUUUUCCUGUGCAGAAUGUGGCAAAAGUUUCUCGUGGAGAGAUCUACUUAUAAAACACCAGAGGACUCACACAGGGGAGAAGCCAUAUUCAUGUUCUGAAUGCGGGAAAUGUUUCAAAGAACGAUCAGCUCUUAUCCAGCAUGAAAGAGUUCACACUGGGGCUAAGCUCUUUUCUUGUUCAGAAUGUGGUGAAUGCAUUACCUGGAGGGGAACUCUUAUUGCGCAUCAGAGGACUCACACGGGGGAGAAGCCAUAUCCGUGCCGUGAAUGUGGAAAAUGUUUUGCUGAAAGAACAAACCUUAUUAAACACCAGAGAACUCACACAGGUGAGAAGAUGUGCUCAUGCUCAGAAUGUGGAAAGUCCUUUGACAGCAAACUGGAUUAUGAUGCGCAUCGAAUAAUGCACACCAGUAAUCGUCCAUAUUUGUGCUCUGAAUGA